AUGGAGAAGCAGGAAGAAGCCCGCAUCUCGGGCGUCGAGGACGUCAACCUCAAGCGCGAGACCAUCCGGGUCGACCACCAGGCCGAGCACGAGCUCUCCAUCAGGGAGGUUCUCCGGAACCACCCAGCGCUCGUAUGGUGGUGCUUCUACUGGUCCAUGGCCGGCGUUGGCUGGGGCUUUGACGCGCAGGUCAACGGCGGCAUGCUCAGCGUGCGAUCCUUCCGCCGCGACUUCGGGUACUACUACAACGGCGAGCCCGUCUUGCCCGCCAGCUGGCAGUCGGCCUUUAACACGGUCUCCUCGGUGGGCCAAUUCUUCGGCGGCUUCCUCUGCUCCUACAUCGCCGACCGCCUCGGCCGCAAGCCCGCCCUAGGCCUCGGCCUCGUCAUCGCCACGGGCGGCAUCCUGGGCCAAGUCUUCUCAUCCACCAACGCCGCCUUCCUCAUCAGCAAGCUCAUCCUGGGCUUCGCGCUGGGCUUCUACCUGACGCUCGGCCCGCUCGCCACCUCAGAGUGCACGCCCGUCGUCUUCCGCGCCAUCGCCACCGCGGGGGUGCAGUUCGGCAUCGCGUCCGGCCAGCUGCUGUCCAACGCCGUCAUCAAGGCCUUUGGCGAGUGGGAGUCGCGCUGGGCCUACCGCGCGCCCUUCGCCAUACAGCUCUUCUUCUGCGUGUUUCUCGCCGCGGGCUUGCCGUUUGCGCCCGAGACGCCCUGGCAUCUCGUGCGCGUGGGGAAGCGCGAGGAGGCGAAGCGGUCGCUGGCGAGGCUUUACGGGAACAAGGUGGACUUGGAGGCGAAGCUCGUGACGCUGGAGACGACGGUGGCGGCGGAGCGCGCGUUUGUCGUGCAUAAUUCGGAUUGGGCGUCGCUGCUGCAGUGCUUCCGCGGGACGAACCGCCUGCGCACCAUGAUCUCGACGUUUGUGUUUCUGUGCCAGCACCUGACGGGCAUCAUCUUCGUGCUCGGGUACAGCACCUACUUUUUCCAGCUCGCGGGGCUGCCUACGGAUAAGUCCUUCGACCUGGGGGUGGGCGUCACGGCCGUGGCCCUCUUCAGCGUCGGGUGCAGCUGGUUCGCCAUCAACUCCAUCGGCCGACGGACGCUCUUCGUGUACGGCAUCGCCAGCACGACGCUCGUGCUCAUCCUCAUCGGCAUCCUCGACGUGAUCCCCACGGGCGCGGCCAAGUGGGCCCAGGCCGCCCUGACCGUCAUCUACGCCUUCAUCUACAUCUUCACGCUUGGCGCCUGCGCGUUCGCCAUCCUCGGCGAGGUCAGCUCUGUUACUCUCCGCGCGCCGACAAUUGCCCUCGCCACCGCCAUGCAGGCCAUCUGCGGCAUCGUCUUCGGCUUUGUCAUCCCGUACAUGAUUAACCCCGACCAGGGCAACCUCAGGGGCAAGGUCGGCUUCAUCUUUGGCGGCAUGUCGGCCUGCGCGACUGUCUGGAGCUUCUUCUUUGUGCCGGAGCUCAAGGGCCGCACGUUUGAUGAGAUUGACCAGAUGUUCAUGGACAAGGUGCCCCCGAGGAAGAUGGGCUCGUACACUGUCGACUCGUAUUGA